AUGAAAGCUCUCCUACUUGAACCAGCAACUAAAACAGUUGUUAUUCGCGACAUCCCCAACCCAACCCCAGGGAACGGCGAAGUACUUGUACGUGUUCACGCCAUAGCGUUGAAUCCUAUCGAUGCGUUAUAUACCUAUCAGCCCCUUGCGAAGCAAAAGUCUAGGGUUAUAGGUACCGACUUCGCGGGCAUUGUCGUUGGAACAGCACCAGAUAUACGGGGGUCCGGCGACCGUCGGACAACGAUUGGUGCAAGGGUAUCUGGAUUUUUACAAGGAGCCGCGUCAGUCAAUGAUCGCCCAGGAGCCUUCGCCGAAUACAUCGUCGUCCCGUAUGAUUUGCUUUGGCUCAUCCCGGCCUCGAUGUCGCUCGAGUCAGCCUCAGCGAUCAGUAUGUGUGGGCUCACGGCUGCCCAGGCCCUAUUUACGAGACUGAAGCUUCCUUGCCCAUUCGUGAGUCUGCGAUCCAGUUACCUGAACGAGGUUGCGAGUGACGCCAAGGACAGCGAAGAACCCAUUCAUAUUCUGAUAUACGGCUCCUCGACGUCACUUGGGCUCUACGCAGCGCAACUCAUCCAUUCCUGUGCCAGCCAGAUGACAAGGAAAGUUCGUCUGAUCGGUAUUGCCAGAGCCUCACAGCAUGCGUUCUUGAGACAACCUCCGUAUGCGUACGAUGACCUUUUCGACUACAAGGAUUCAUAUUGGGUUGACGCUGUGAUAAAUGCGACCGGAGGACGAGGAGUUCAAUAUGCUUUAGACUGUAUUUCUGAAGGCGAAACAAUAGCAAAGGUUCAUGCUACUUUUGCCAAGAAUGUGAGAGGCGAUGGACACUUCGCUGUUUUCCGAGGGCCCAGCGGUGGGAGGUACCGAGCUGAUGGCCUGAGGGUUAAUCCUAUGUAUGGGGCCGUAUGGGAAGGACUCGGAGUCGAGGUUGAGUAUAAUGGUUCCACUAUGCCUGCAAAUCCUGCUGCUCGCGCAUUCGCGGCUGCCUUUUUCAGCGAUUUGAGCUCUAAUGAACGGCUCAAACUUCAACCGAAUCCCAUUCGUUUAAUGCCUGGAGGAUUGGAGCGAGUUGUCCCUGAUGGGUUUGAGUUGCUUGGCAAAAAUCAGGUUUCCGCUCGAUCAGCUAGUCACGGAAGAAGUGAAGAUUGGAUGCGUCCUAUUAGCGGAGAGAAACUCAAUGACCAGUGGGAGCUCAACAACCUCGCCCACGAAUCCAACGAUACCGAUGAGGAGACCAAGCGUCUCAUCCAUCGUCUUAACGGUAUUCUCCUCUUCACGUCAUCCUGCAGAACUAUUGCAAAACGGAAGAUCAUGAUUGCCCAGAUGGCGAUAUUUUUCCCCAACCUCGAGGCUGCAAUGAAGACAAAAUACAAUGCCUUCUUUCAGAGCCUUCCGGAAUUCAAUUUUAAGGAGUGUCUUCUUGUGCAAGUCGCUGAUAAUGAGGAGCCAUUUUUACCCGCCUUAUCGAAGAAGCUUGAGGGCGACUUCCGCGAACAUGUUGACCGAUAUGCCGACCCGUCUACAAAUUCAAACGAAGGAGGUUCCGUAUAA